AUGAAUAGUAGCAGCCGUGCCCUUCACUCCGAGGAGCUUUUCCUCAAUGACCGCCCAGCAAGACAAGAAUCACCCACCAUCGGCCCUCUCCGUAUCAACAAACGGGACUCGUCAUCUCCAGCAUCGGCCGCGGGCUCCAGUUCCCCGCCUAACGCCCCGCUACCCUACCCAGAUGACCGCCAACGUCUCCAGAUGCACACCUCAAAUUCAAACGACCGACAUCAUGACAACAUUAAACAUGGGUCUUCGCCAGUUGGUCCUGGCUCAGGCACCGUGAGUCCAAACGAAUACCCAACAGCGCUCCGGCCGCGGGACGGCCGUGAGCCCCGAGUCGCAACAUUAGCCGAACGAAGAGGAGCAGCUCCAAAGCCGCUGCCCGAAUCUCCCAGCUACGAUGCGCCAGACCGCGAAGCCUUAGCUGCAAGACCGUACCCCCGACCCCCAGCCAGUCUACCACCGGGCCCACCAGAGCCACCAGUAAAUCCAACUCAAUACGAUUACCGUCAACAAUACUACCCGCCCCCGCAACGCCAAAGCUCAAUCUCUGCAGCCCGUCCCCCGUCAAUUCUACAGGCCGCGCAAGGCCCGCUCAAUCGCAUUAGCUCCAUAUCGACAACCCGCGCACAGCUUGGCUCACCCCCGCCACCAGAGACUCCUAUCGUUGAACCGGGCCAGCAGCCCGCUUCGGAUAUUGAGGCCCGCUAUGCUGCUGCUGGUAUCGCGGGCACUGGAACCCUACAACGUAUUCAAUCGCAUAACGUCGCUGCACAGCGACGAGCUGACCAGUACUCCGGACAGCAGCCGACUUUGCCGCCGCAACAGCAGCAACAAGAACAGCAGCAGCAGCCACGGCGCCCGUGGACUCCCACUGAACAGCCUGGGUCCCAGCCUCAUGGACCUCCUAUGGUUUAUCAGGGUGAUGAGUUAGUCAAUGAUGAUAAUCAGUCGACUGCUGUGCAUCCGGGUCAAUACGGCAGUCCGCCACCUCAGAUGCCGGGGUCUAAUGGCACUCCACCGCCUCAGGCUCGCCUGGGUCAAACUAGCAGCCCAGCACUACAAGCUCAUCCGGGCCAAUACAACAGCCCCCCACCUCAGGCUCAUCCUAGCCAGUACGGUGGAUCACCAUCCCAAAUGCACCCUGCAUCUGGGCUACAGCAGCUACAGCAGCAACAGCAGCAAGAACAGCCAGGAAGAAUUGCACCCAACGCUUCGGAACAAGACAUGGACCGAAUGCGUCUCAGCUCCUCUCCCCCUCCCGCCUACUCAAGUGUAUCUGGUCCUUCUGCUUCGAAUGGGUAUCCUAAUGAAAAGCAAAGCGGUGCGGUGUUAGCGGCAGCCACAGCAGCUGCAGCUCCAGCUGCUGCUGGAGCCGCAAUGAUGCACCCAGCCUUAGUAAAUCAACCCAUUCCUGCCACAAAAACGCCUUCCCCUGCACCCGCAGUCUCGCCUCAGGAUCAUCCCGCUUUUGCGAAUGACCAGAGACAGCAACAGCAGCAGCAAACAAACCAACCCCCACAGGCUUCUGUUGCUAAUGACUUGUCCGGCUUCCACCACCAGACAAUCCAGGUAACUUCUCCGGGGCCCUCUAGCGCAGGUCCAGCAUCUCCACCACCUCUUCCGGAGGGAUGGAUUGCCCACAUGGAUCCAAACUCAGGCCAGUAUUACUAUAUCCACUUGCCCACGCAAUCCACUCAGUGGGAGUUUCCGAAGGGACCCACGCCGCUUAAUCUCAACGAAACGCCCUUGUCCCCGGUGGGAAGUGUGUAUAGCGCCCACCCGCUAGUUUCUCCGGGUCUGUCGGCUUUUGGAAAGCCUCUAGCAUCACCAGGUGUGCCUUUGACCCCUGGGUUCGAAAUCCUACAGUCUCCUAUAGUGUCCGGGUUCUCUGGGCCUCCUCCGAGUAGUGGCAUGGAUCUGUACAAGAACACUCCAACCAACGGUGUCUACUUUGGUCCUUAUCUGCGUUACACCAACAUGGAUCUCGAGCACGGAGUCUGGAUGGGAUCUAUCUUGCUUGUGACAGAUGCCGCGCAGCCACCCACGAUUCAUAUGCACCAGAGUCUAGACUUGUCUCCAAAUCCGAGACAAUUGAAGGCAGUCAGCAUUGCCGCCCAUCAACGCUGGACUUUCUAUAGGUAUGAGAUUGAUCUGCAGAUGGACGAUGCGGGUCCUGCGAAAUGGACCUACGCCAUCACGUCACACCUUGGCUGCACUCGCUAUGAGUUCCUUGUCGCUGGUCGAUACGAGACGAACUGGCGGUUCAUUGCUACCUCUGGAAAUGACUUCUCGCUCAAUGUAAAUGCUGGUGAGCGGGCUCGUUUGGGGGGCGUCGGUUACAUGUGGAAGGAUAUUAUGCAAAAACACAAUGAGAUUGGAGGCUUCCACGCCCAAUUGUGUCUAGGGGGUCAGAUUUAUGCGGAUCGCAUGUGGAAAGAGAUUCCAUCUCUCAAGCAGUGGUUGGCUAUCAGCGGAAAAGAGGCUAGAAAGAACGCUCCUUGGACAGCAGCUUACCAGCAGGAUGUGUCUUACGCAUACUUCCAUUACUACACCAGCCAUUUCGAUCAACCCCACAUAAGGGAGUCGUUUGCGCAGAUCCCUUAUGUCUGCCAGAUUGACGAUCAUGACAUCUUUGAUGGAUUCGGCUCGUAUCCCGAGCAUAUGCAGUUCUCGAACAUGUUCAAGAAUAUCGGCCGUAUCGGCAUUGAAAUGUACCUCCUCUUCCAGCACCACACUACCCUCGACAUCCUCCGUAAUGUCAACAACGACAUGGACCUCUUCACCAUCACCGGCACAGGCUGGCACUUUGUUAAAUAUCUAGGCCCCGGCGUUGUCGUCGUCGGUCCAGACUGCCGCUCGGAAAGAAACCCACAUCAGGUAAUGGCCGGCCCCACGUACCAGGGUCUCUUCCCGAAGGUUGCAAUGCUACCACCGAGUGUGCAACACUGUCUCUGGAUGGUCGCCGUGCCACUCAUCUAUCCCCGUCUAGAAGCGGCAGAACACAUCGUCCAGACCGUCGCAACAGGAAAGCGAGCCGUGACCGGCGCGUACAAUGUGCUAGGCAAAGUAACCAGCUCAGUAGCCGGAGUGGUCGGUGCCAAAGAAUUCGUUGGCUCAGGCUUUGACUCUGUGAAGCGAGCCGUAGGCAAAUCCGGACUGAUGGGCGGUAUACUGAGUCCAUUUGGCGAAUUCAACUCGAUGGACGAGCUACGCGACCAAUGGACACACGACUCGAAGGAUCUCGAACGAACAUACCUCAUCCGCACACUGCAAGGCAUCGCACACCAAAAAUCAAUCCGCAUGACCUUCCUCUCCGGCGCCGUCAACGUCUGCGGUGCAGGUCUCGUCCACGACCCCUCAAACCCUUCAGACCACAAGACAAUGUACCAACUCAUCGCCUCCUCCGUCGUCAACACUCCACCCCCGUCAUAUGUCAUCAAGCUCCUACACAGCCACAGCAAGCCUCUCUAUAUCCCCUCCAACGGCCACAGAUCCUCAGGCCAGGUGAGCGAUACCAAGGAAGAUAUGAUGGAAAUCUUCCAGACGGACGUCAACGGACAGCCCCGUGAGCACCGCAAGCUCAUGGCGCGUCGGAACUACGUCGCUAUUGUCGCUUAUGAUCCCGAGACGAUAAAUCCUUCAUAUGGCCAUAUACCUUCCGGGGCUCAUAAGUUGAGUCUUGCAGCAGACUUUAUGGUUCAGGGGGAUGGGGCGCUGGGUAGUGUGGUUAAGUUUGGACCUGUGAUUGUGCCGAGUUUAGAUCACGGUCGGUGA